AUCAUGAUUUUUACACAUUGUGGUGUGGUGUUGGGUUUAAACUAGGAGGGGCUGCAGGGUGGCGAUCCAGGCUAGAGCACCUCUUCUGUGCUUCGCGUUCAAGAGGUUUAAUUCAAUUUAAAAUUAGUCAUUUCAGUCAGAACAGGUAUAAUGUGCAUUUCUCGAUCAAGACCAGUGUACUUUACAUCGCAGAGGCUAGAGACAGAAAGCAGCCGACAUGAACUCAAGCGUCGCCAUAACGACCGCGGAGCCGCUGCUGCGGACGCAUGCGCAUUAGCUCUCUCCCCAUCCGCGUCCACAUCGUAUCCUGUUUCAGGUCUAGCGAGCUAACGGGUGGCACAUAUGGCCAUCGCCGUGAGUGAUGUAGUUUCUGUAGUUUCCUUUGUUUACCUCAGUUCCUCCGAUAUGCGGUCAAAACACUCUCACUGAGUAAGGACGUUAACAUUUUCCACUCGCGCUCCCCUCACCCUGAUGAGAAGUCGGAAGAAUGAUCGCAUCCCUGUCUAAAGGAAAUCUGCUUGACGUGCUGCAGGAGGGUCCUACUGAGCAGCAACUGGCUGCCUAUGUGUCUUGGGUUAAUGCACAGCUGAGAAAGAAGCCUGGACUGAAACCUGUGAGCGAUCUACGGCAGGAUCUCAGAGAUGGUGUGGUUCUAGCACACCUCAUUGAGAUCGUGGCUGGUGAGCUGCUGGAUGGCAUUCAUUAUGUGCCACGUGAUGACCAGGAGAGGAAGCAGAAUGUGGAGAAGGUUCUGCAGUUUGUAUCAUCCAAACGGAUCAGAAUGCCCCAGACGUCUGCCAGGGACAUAGUGGAGGGGAACCUCAAAUCUGCCAUGAGGCUCAUACUCGCUCUAGCUGCACAUUUUAAACCCUCCGCAUCAGCCAGUCACAGAGCUGGAGCUGGCGUAGGCAGGAGUUCCACUGGCUCCUCGGCCAAUCACAGACCUCAUUCCACUAUGGCCAUGGCCCAGAAUGCAGCAGCAGCACUAGCAGUAGCAAGGGAGGAUGCCUCUCGGCCUGGCCGCUCCGUCUUUCAUCUAAGGCAAGAAUGGAGUCAUGGCUGCAGUGGCGAGGAGGACAGUGAGAACCCCUGCUGGAGUGUCCGAGCACUGGUUCAACAGUAUGAGGGACAGAGAGGGACAUUUGAAGAGGAGACAGGAGCAAGAUCCACUGGUCUCAGUUCAUCAAGCCCCACCCACACUUCCAGAGACUCGGUCAGCCUAACAGACGUGAAGGCAGGACUAUUAGACACCUUGUCCAGGGAGAAAACAAUUAAGUCAGAGGACACAGUGAAAUUGGCCCUGUGUGACCAGGCCAUUGUCUCAGGGCAUGAUGGUCCAGCUGAUGGCUGCGCCUGGGAGGACAAACUGUGUGAGCAGCAGGAGCAUCUGGAGAGGGAGAUGCAGGAGGCGCGGAAAAUGGUGUCUAGCCUACAGGCUCUCCUUCUCCAUGGUUCAUUACCCGAGGAUGAGCAGGAGGUGUCGCUCAGUCUGGGUGAGGGAGUUGAAAAUGCCGAGCAGCAACUGGUUGUAAUACGAAGUCGCCUGGACCAAAGCAUGGAGGAGAGUCAAGAACUGAAGAGGGAGCUAUUAAGGUUCAAACAGGAGGCUCGCAACCUGCAGGGGGUGAAAGAUGCUCUUCAGCAGCGUAUGGCUGUGCAGGAGUCCUCAGUCCUGCAGCUCAAACAGGAGCUCCUGCGCACCAGUAUGGCCAAAGACGAGCUGGCAGGACAAAAUGCCGAGCUACAGAGGAAGCUAGAGGAGCGGAACAGGCUUCUCGCCGAAUAUAAGAAAGAGCUGGGCCAAAAGGAUCGACUUCUGCAGCAGCAGCAGCUGAAGCUGGACGAGACACUGCACAAGCUGACAGACAGCAGCAGCCAGCAGACUUGCCUGCAGAGAGAGCUGGAGCACAAGGAAAGUAUUCUCAAAGAGUUAAUGAGCCAUGAGACAGAGGAGCUUCAUGGCCCACAAAACAACGGCUAUUCACACCCACCCAUCACACCAUCAAAACCACAACAUGGGGCUGAGGAGCUGCAGUUAGUAAGAGAUGCUCUCCGUAGUCUGAGGAACAGCUUUGGAGGUCACGACCCUCAGCAUCACACUUUGGACACCCUUGAGCAAGGUGUGGCCAGCCUGAUGGAUCGCCUCCAUGACCUGGAAACACGCCACAAACAGGAGAGGAGGACCCGAGGCAAAUCUCCAGGUCAUAAAGCUUCUCACUCAGAUCGAGACUCCUGGCCUCCUACUUCAAAAAUGGCUCAUUCUCAGAGCAGCCCUACGCUAAACUCAUCACCAUGCACCAAAGUCCUGUACUUCAUUGACCGCUCAAUCACACCAUUCAUGGUCAACAUCCCCAAGAGACUUGGGGAGGUCACCCUGCGAGACUUCAAGGCUGCUGUUGAUCGGGAAGGCAAUUAUCGGUACCAUUUUAAAGCACUGGAUCCAGAGUUUGGCACUGUAAAGGAAGAGGUGUUCCAGGAUGACGCAGUGGUGCCUGGCUGGGAAGGGAAGAUCGUGGCCUGGGUAGAAGAAGAUAAUGGGCAAAGAGGGACCUAACAAAAGUCAGCAAGAAGUUGUCUAAGGAAAUGGAGACGUCUGUGCCAAAAUGAAAUGACAUUGAUUUGUAACUCAAGUGUGCAGAGGAUGGUGCUUUAGUGCCCUAUGAAAGUCCCGCCCCACCUUUACUCUAUCCUGUAUGAGCUGAACAGCAGAAUGAACCUGAAAGGACAUGGAGGAUCAUCGUAAGGAGAACCAGAUUGAGAAAGUCCUGUCCAGACCCGUAUUACUCAAACAUAACUAUACAGAAGAUGGGAGGACAGGAUUUCUGAUCUCUUUUAGAGGUCUUGCCAUAGAACAGACACCCAUUCAAAUGCUUUACCAGCAGACAAACUCUUCACUGUGACGGAGGAGCCUUUUGUUCAUUUCACCUACUUUAAAGUAGGUUCUGCCAGAGUACUUUUUUAUUUCGAUGAACCAAAAUUAUAAUUUGAAUUUUUUUUGCUGUGAAUAGAGAGAAGUAGGUAAUCUUGACUGUCAAGAGUACUUGUGUGAAUGUUGUUAUGAAUCUUUAGAAAGCAGCAGUAAAAGUAUGCGAGUAUAGAGCAGAAAGGAGUUUGAUCUCUUCUGUUUCCUCGCUGUGAGAUUGUUUUUAUCUAAGAUAAAGAGUUUCCUUAAAACAUACAUUAGAUGCAUUCUUUUAUGAAGUUCUGUAAAAAAGACUUUCAGUUUUCUCCAAGGACCAAAGUGUUUUGCUUGUUUGAUACACAGUAAGAUGUCAUUCAAUACGUCUUUUUUUAAGAGCUCUCAGUUUUAACAUUUAAAGAGAUUAUGAUUUUUUUUGUAUGUACCUGAACCUGUCUUCUAAGAGUCUGCACUGAAGAUUUGACUGUAUGGUAUAAAUGUGGUGGAAUUACAGCUCUUGAGUUUGACCGUAGCACAAUGUUACAUUUCGUACAUAUAAAUUGCAUUAUCACUGCAGGCUUUCAAAUGUUAACUAUCAGAUAUUUGAGAUUACAGGAAAGUGCCUGGAAUCUGCGAAGAAAGAGAGGUGGCCGGGGUUAGCCUUUUUGUAUUUUUGUUCUGUUUUAUAUUUAUGUAAAUAUGUUAAUAUUUCAGAGACAGAGCGAGGCAUAGUGCCUUUACACCGUAUAAAUGAUGUCCUAUAAAUACUGAAUAAUAUUUUAAAGAUAUGAAAAUGUCCCCUUUGUAUCCAAAAAAGGCUCAUAAUUACUUUCAUCAGAGAAGCCUGAGCUAACAAGAACAGUAUUGAUGGUGAUUCAAGCAACUGUAUGCCAUGACUGAAAUUCUGCUUUAAACUGCUGAUUACUGCUCGUUGUGUUGCUGGUUUAAGUAGAAUGUUAUUUGAUUUGCAAAUAAACAGUUUGAAGCAGUA